AUGAACAACAGCAAAAACUCUUCCAACGUUAUGAACUGCAGUGAAUUGCGUAACCCCACUGUGACCAGAGUGGUCAUUCCCCUCCUGUACGUCAUUGUCUUCAUUGGAGGAUUCCUGCUGAAUGUAUUGGCUGCCUGGAUCUUCUGCCACGUUCCAAAUAAGUCCAGCUUUGUGAUUUACCUCAAAAACAUUGUUGCAGCUGACCUGCUGCUGGUAGUUACACUUCCAUUUAAAAUCCUCUCCGGGUCAUCUCUCGGGACCUGGCAGUUGGAAGCCUUUGUGUGUCGUUACUCUGCUGUCAUGUUCUACACUAGCAUGUACAUCAGCGUAAUAUUCCUCGGCCUGAUCAGCCUCGACCGGUACCUGAAGAUUGUACAACCUCAAAAAAUCCUCGUCGUGCAGAAAGUAACAGUUGCCAAAGUGAUCAGUGUGGGAUGCUGGGUUUUCAUGGUGAGUUUUGCCCUGCCAAAUAUCAUUUUGACCAACAAGGUCCCCACAGUGCACACUGCAGCAGAAUGCAUGAAUUUGAAAAGCGAGAUUGGGAAAACUUGGCACAAUUUUAUAAUUAUCAACUGCCAAGUUGUUUUCUGGAUUGUGUUUGUCCUUCUCACUCUGUGUUACUUAGCCAUCUUAAAGAAAAUAUAUUGGUCCAAACAAAAAUUUCAGGACUCUAGCACCGUGGUAAAGAAAGCUAACCGCAACAUUUUCAGCAUCCUGGGGGUCUUCUUCGUCUGCUUUGUGCCGUACCAAAUUGUCAAGAUCCCUUACGACAAAAAACGAUUGACCAAGCAUAACUGUGCAAUACUCAACAGCCUGUAUUAUGCGAAGGAGUUCACACUGUUUCUGUGCGCAUUUAACGUUUGCCUCGAUCCAGUCAUCUACUUCCUCCUGUGUAAAUCCUUCACUAAACAGUUGUGCAGAAAGUUGAAAACGAAAAGGCAGUUGACCAUCAAAACGGGUGAAGUGAGGAACAAGCCACAGUCCAGUAACACCUCCAACCAAACCCCCGUUUCCAGCAAUGUAAUGGUUGACCUACACAAAUUCUCCCCGACUUCCCUCUGAUACAAGUACCAUGGAAUCUAAUCUGAUCAACAUACCACAGAAGUCUCCAGCAGCUUCAAGGUUAUCCUCUCAAGUUGAACAAAAUGAAAAGGGCACAAAAGCAUUAUACGUCUCUCACAUUUUCUAACCACCCACCCAAGAGAGCCAAUUCUUUCCUCCAAAGUUCCUCUGGUGAUAAUUCCUCAUUUGCUUUCUUGAACUUUCCUACAAUAAAUGUGUUUAGUUAAUUCCUCCCGUUUCUCAAAUGAUGGUCAAGGAAAGCAUAAUUAAGCGGGUCACAAUUGAACAUAAAAGAAACAUUACCAUUCGUUGUUCCCCCCAACCCCCAAAAUGGUCCGCUGUCUGCCAGGUGGCGAUGGCCCCAAUGGGUUCACCAACAGGCCUUUACAAUGGAAAGCAAAGUGCUUUGGUAAUUCUACACCUCAACAAGUCGGUGUCGGAUACCACCAGAAAGACACAUUAAAAUAAAAAGAACCCAGAAUUUGGCCCCUCAACCCAAUUCAUUGAGAUCAUGACCAAUCUGACAUUGGCAUCACCUGCACUUCCAUAGAGUUAUACAGCACGGAAACUGACCCAGUGGUCCAAUAGGUCAAUGCCAAUCAAGAUUCUCAUCUAAGCUGGUCCUAUUUGACCGCAUGUGGCCCAUAUACCUCUAAACCUUUCCCAUCCAUGUACCUGUCCAAGUACCUUUUAAAUGAUGUUAAUAUUUAAACCACUUCCUCUGGCAGCUCAUUCCAUAUACCGACCACCCUGUGAGUGAAAAGGUUGCCCCUCAGGUUUCUGUUAAAUCUCUCCCCUCUGCCCUCUAGUUCUUGGUUCCCCAACCCUGGGAAAAAGACUGUACGCAUUCACCGUGUCUCUGUCCCUCAUGAUUUUAUACACCUCUUUGAAAUCACCCCUCAUUCUCUUAUGCUCCAAUAAAAGAAAUCCCAACAUGCUCAACCUUUCUCCAUAACACAGUCCCUCGAGUACCAGCAAUGUCCUCAUAAAUCUGUGCACUCUUUCCAGCCUUAUGUCAUCUUUCCUACAACAGGGUAACCAAAACUGAACACAAUAUUCCAAAUGCGGCCUCACUGGCCUUUCAUGCUAGGUCCAUUGAACCCUCACUUUCCCUUUAGUUCAGAAAGAUAUAUAAUAAACCCAAGAUAUCACCUUCGACAUAGUGGGAAAGUUGAGAAAUCCAGAGACGUAGGCACAUGAAACUCGCUGACUCUGAGAGACAGCUGCAGUGGCAGUUGCACAAUGUUUCAGCACAAGAUGUUAAACUGAGGUCCUUCUGUUUCAAGAGCAGGGAAACUGUGAAGAACAUCCUAACUUGGAUGUUUAUGACUGUUUCUAUGCAAAACAGAGGGAGAGGUCACUCAAGAUGGCCAGAUCCAGAUGUCCUAGAUACACAUGCUUAAAAUUAUAUGCAGAAGGAAAAUAAGUAUGGAAAUUUUGAUAGAACUACAUUAACGUUGGCACAUUGUAUAAAAUGUUUGACAUUAAAUUAACACUGGAAAAUGUACAAUGAAGACUUCUUCACAUUAAGAUCAAUAAAGUAAACUGAUCCCUUCUGCCUACACAAUGUCCAUAUCCCUCCAUUCUCUGCACAUUCAU